GCAGCAGCAGCAGCAGCAGCACUUCAGCCAAAGCAUCACAGAGAAGCACUCAGCUGAAAGAAGAUGGAAAAAGACUCCCUGAACUUCUCACCAGGUGGAAGUCCCCUCGGAGUCGGGCUGAGACAAACACCCCAGCACAGUUUCUACCUUGGCCCAGCCCCUCUUUUUAUUAAACCACCAAGAUUCUCCCCACCCAGUUACACCACCAUGUCGCCCUCCACAGACGCCUACAGUGCUUUCAGUCACCCUGCAUUCGCUCCCAUGCCUGGCCUCACUCAGACGGACAGAGCCCAAAAACGAAAAAGAGCUCCUCUCAGAUCAGACCUCUAUGGAGGGGAAUCAUCUGACGGAGACGACGAAGAGGCAGAUGAAGACAGCAGCAAGAAGACAUCGGAUCUCGCUCCCGUCUCCCUCCACCCUCGCAACGUUUCCUCCCUGUCUUCUAAACCAAUCCCUGGGAUGAUCGAGCUCAACAGGCUUCAGCUUCGUCACAGGUCACCAGCUUUGAAUCUACCCCUGCAGGUGAAGCAGGAGCCCCCAAGUCCUUCUUCUCUUUGGUCCCCCUCCCCUUUCCUUCUCCACCCACCCUACUUCCCACCUUUCCCCCACAGUCCUUUCCCCUAUCCUUUCUUUAUGCCUGGGCCUGUCAUGCACCUCCCGCCUGGUGCUUUUUACCCCAGAGAGGACUGCCGCUCGAGGCAGCCCACCCCUGACGUAGCUGCUCAAAGCGUGACGACCAACCCAGAGAAGCUCGGCCUCAACAUUCACGUGGACGACAGCUACUACGUGGACGUCGGCGGGGACCAGAAGCGAUGGAAGUGCCGGAUGUGUGAGAAGUCCUACACCUCUAAGUAUAACCUGGUCACACACAUCCUGGGCCACAACGGCAUCAAACCACAUGGGUGUCACCUCUGUGGGAAGCUGUUCAAGCAGCUGAGCCACCUGCACACACACCUGCUCACACACAAGGGCAUGAGGCCCCACAAGUGCCAGGUGUGUCACAAGGCCUUUACCCAGACCAGCCACCUGAAGAGACACAUGAUGCAGCACAGUGACGUGAAACCAUACAGUUGCAGUGUUUGUGGGCGAGGCUUUGCUUACCCCAGCGAGCUUCGUGCCCAUGAGCUGAAGCAUGAAAAAGGGCAGGAGAAUGUGUGUGUGGAGUGUGGUCUGGACUUCCCCACGCUGGCCCAGCUGAAGAGGCACCUGACUGUUCAUCGUGGUCCAACGUUGUACAGGUGCACAGAGUGUCAGAAGACUUUCCAGUAUCCGAGUCAACUUCAGAACCACAUGAUGAAACACAAAGACAUCAGGCCGUUCAUCUGCAGCGAGUGUGGGAUGGAGUUCAUCCAGUCACACCACCUGAAACAGCACACGCUCACACAUAAAGGUGUAAAGGAGCACAAGUGUCGCAUCUGUGGUCGUGAGUUCACACUGUUGGCCAACAUGAAGCGCCACGUCCUCAUCCACACCAACAUACGGGCCUACCAGUGCCACAUGUGCUUCAAGAGCUUUGUCCAGAAACAGACUCUCAAGGCUCACAUGAUUGUCCACUCAGACAUCAAACCUUACAAAUGCAAGGAACUCAUCCCCUAA